UUGGCCCAUAACCAAUCCAUACACAAAACAAAGGUGAGAGAAUCUCAAACCGAAACCCUAACCCUAAUUCUUCAUUCAGAGAGUGUGUGUGUGUGAGAGAGAGAGAGAGCGGAGAAGAUGAAGUUCAAUCCAAGGGUUUCAAGCAGCCGCCGCAAGAGCAGGAAGGCACAUUUCACAGCACCAUCAAGUCUCCGCCGUGUGAUAAUGAGCGCACCACUCUCCGGUGACCUUCGAUCCAAAUACAACGUUCGUUCAUUACCAGUUCGAAAAGACGACGAAGUUCAAGUCGUUAGAGGAACAUUCAAAGGACGUGAAGGAAAAAUUGUUCAAGUUUAUAGGAAAAAAUGGGUGAUUCAUAUUGAACGUAUAACUCGUGAGAAAGUUAAUGGUCAAACAGUCAACGUUGGAGUCAACCCUUCAAAAGUUGUUAUCACUAAGAUUCGUUUGGAUAAGGAUAGGAAAUCGUUGCUUGAUCGGAAAGCGAAGGGUCGUGCUGCUGCUGAUAAGGAAAAGGGUACUAAGUUUGCUCCUGAAGAUAUUAUGCAAAAUGAUGAUUAAAUGAUUAAUUAGGGUUUUGUUUUGAUUAUCAUCAUUGUUAUAAUUAUUACUUUGGAUUUUGUUAUUGAAGUUGAGUACUUUGUUUUUAAUUUAGUGAAUGAAAUGAAAUGGCUUACAUUAUAA